AUUUUAACUCUUAUUUUUAUUUCUGUAGACUUUCAGGAGAAUGACAACUUGUCCUCUCUUCAGAGUUGUCCAAAAAAUAAACAGCCUGAUAAGAAUGGGAAGAAACUGGCAUCUGCAACAAAGAACUUGGUAACGGCCUCUCAGCACCCUAGAUUUCAGCCUAUUGUGAAGCUAACAAGGAUCGAUGCCAUCAAAUCUCAAACAGUGUACAAUAUAAAUGCAAUCCGCCAACAGUGUGUGGGAACAUUUAAAUAUAAAUUGAAUUCUAAAGAUAAUGGAAGGAUUCAUGGGAGUAAGAAACCGUAUCACUGUCCUGAAGGUGGGAAACAAUUCUCAGAUAGUCACAUGCCUAAGAAACGCAGAAAAGACAAUUCAGGGAAGGAGCCAUACCACCGUUCUAAAUGUGUUAAGAACUUGUCAAAACACAGCUAUACCACAACUCCCAUUGUAGAGAAAUCAUAUUUGUAUAAACGUGGCAAACGAUUCUUACAAGUGAGCCACCUUCAGUCACACAUGAUUGGUCAUGGAGGACAGGGUUUAUGUCGUUGUCCAGUAUGUGGUAAACAUUUCUUUGACAAAAGCCAUCUUCGCAGACACAAAAGAAUUCACACUGGAGAGAAACCAUAUUGUUGUUUUGAAUGUGGCAAAUGUUUCUCACAAUCAAGCCAUCUUCAGACACACAUGAGAGUGCACAAAGGAGAACAGCCAUUUUCCUGUUCUGAAUGUGUCAAGCGGUUUUCACGAACAAGCCAUCUUAAGCAACACAUGAAAGUGCACACAGGAGAACAGCCAUUUUCCUGUUCUGAAUGUGGCAAACGAUUUUCAAGUAGAAGUAAUCAUCUGAAGCAUUUAAGAGUUCACACUGGUGAGAAGCCCUAUUGCUGUCCUGAAUGUGGCAAAAGAUUUUACGACACAAGCAAUCUUCUGCGUCAUGCAGGAGUCCACAAUAAAGACCAUCUUUAGGUCCGUUCUGAAUGUGGCAAGAAAUUCUCACAAAGAGGCAGUUUUCGUAGACAUAUAAGAACACAUGUUUGAUAGAGGCCGUACUCGUUUCCUAAAUGUGACAAGCUAUUCACCGAUAACAGCAGCCUUCAUAGACACAACAUAAUUCAUUCUGGAUUAAGGCCAUAUUGUUACUAUGAAUGUGGAAAGCGAUUCUUACAACCGUGCAGCUUCCAGCGACAUGUAAGAACUCACACAAAAGAAAAGCCAUACCGUUGCUCUAAGUGUGGAAAAACAUUCAUACAGAAAACCCCUCUUCAGGGAGACAUGAAAAUUCAUGCUAAAAAGGCAAACACCAAAUAGACUGUAAAUAACAAAAUGAAAAAUCAGAAAUAAUUCAGUCAGGUGUUGAAAAAAAAUUGGAAUUGCUCUGCUAGUUGGUUACACAGAAAGCAUUUGAAAAAAAAUUGGCAGAAUCAUUUUGGCAAUGCUGCUUAUUAAUUUACUGUAAGUGGCUUUUGCACUGAUAACUAUUGCACAUUGUACACAGGUCUACUUUACAAGUUCUAAAGUAAUUUAUCUUAUGUUAUACUUCUAUAGUUUUUUAUAUUUUAUUGUACUAUGAAGUUGAGAAACAGUAUUUUUAUUCUCC